AUGGCCCACCUGGGAGCACAUUUUGCCUUUAGAUCCCGCUGGCAGAAGACCGAUGAUGAACUCUGUCGACAUAGCAUGUCCUUUAUCCUUCACAAAGCCAUUCGCAAUGACUUCUUUCAGAGCUAUCUCUACCUGCUGGAAAAAAUCCCCCUGGUGAAAUUAUAUGCUUUAACAAGUCAAGUCAUCGAUGGUGAGAUGCAGUUCUAUGCCAGAGCCAAACUUUUCUACCAAGAAGUACCAGCCACCGAAGAAGGCAUGAUGGGAAAUUUCAUUGAACUCUCCAACCCAGACAUCCAGGCCUCUCGUGAAUUUCUCAGGAAGUUUGUUGGGGGUCCAGGGAGAGCGGGAACUGGCUGUGCCUUGGACUGCGGUUCUGGGAUAGGAAGGGUCAGCAAGCACGUCUUAUUGCCUGUUUUCAACAGUGUGGAGCUGGUGGACAUGAUGGAAUCUUUUCUCCUUGAAGCCCAGAGCUACCUGCAGGUUAAGGAGGAUAGAGUUGAAAGCUACCACUGUUACAGCUUGCAGGAAUUCACACCCCCCUUCGGGAGAUACGAUGUCAUCUGGAUUCAGUGGGUUUCUGGGUACCUGACUGAUAAGGACCUUCUUGCGUUUCUUUCCCGGUGCCGAGAUGGACUGAAGGAAAAUGGUGUCAUCAUCCUGAAGGACAAUGUGGCACGGGAGGGCUGUAUCUUCGAUCUCUCUGACAGCAGUGUGACUCGGGACAUGGACAUCCUCCAGAGCCUAAUUAGGAAGAGUGGGCUGAUGGUGCUAAGCCAGGAGAAGCAGGAGGGCUUCCCAGAGCAGUGUGUUCCAGUGUGGAUGUUUGCUCUGCACAGUGACAGACACUCCUGAACAGCAGUAGGAAUGAACAACUCUACUGGUCAUGGUGCUUUGGGACUGUGGUGUCUCCCCAAGACACCCCGUGUAAUGCAGAUACUUAUGGAAAUGGGGGACACAAUGCAUGUCUGGAAAUGAUGAUGUAGUGUUUAUGUGCCAGAUACAUAGACUGUGAUUUGCACAUGCUUACAUAUUCACUCACUAAUAAAGAGAUAGGCUCAUACUCUGUGGAUUUCCUGACAGAUGGAGAAAAGCAUCAGGAAAAGUGCUUCGAUAAGCUGCUUGCAUAUAUUAGAACUGUACAAGUAUGUACGAAAACAGAAAAAAAAAAAAGAAAGAA